AUGGCCUCCCCCGAUUCCACCGGUACCACCCGCAGCCGCCGCACCAACCCCUUCGAAGGCCCCGAUCCCGUCGUCAUCCGCGAUCUCAAUAUCCUCGCUCGGGUUCCCGUCGUCCUCGAUCACCUCACCUCCACCUACUAUGCCUGGAAGACGUACUUCUCCCUUGUGUUUUGUGAGUACAAUCUCCGGGAUCACAUCGAUGGCUCCGUGAACUCCCGCUUCAUGGAGGACGAUGAGGAGUGGACGUCCAUCGACGCGACUCUCAUCCGCUGGUUCUACACCACCAUCUCGAAGGACCUCUUCCACACGGUGGUCUCCGCCGAUGAUGACGCUCACGUCGUUUGGACUAAGCUCAGCGGCCUCUUCACCGACAACGCGCUCCAACGCAAGGUUUUCUUGCACGGCGAGUUUUUUGGGUGCCAACAGCUUGACUCGUCUGUUGACGAUUAUUGCAUGCGCUUCAAGAAGCUUGUUGACGAGCUCCGUGACCUCGGCGAGAAUGUCUCCGACGAGCUUCUCCUCAGCACCCUCAUCGCCGGCCUGAACGAAGACUUCGGGAACGCCGCCUCCAACAUCCCUCUCAUCACCAACACGACCUUCCCCAAGAUCGUCGCGUACCUGAAGCUGGAGGAGAGGAGGAUGCGGAUGUGGCGCACCCGGGCCACCCAUCCGGCUCUCAACGCCGGCACCCGCGGCGGUGCGCCGCCAACCGCCCCGGCUCCCCCGCAGCGGCCCGUCCCGGGCCCCUUCCAGGCGCAGCCGCCGCCCGGGGGUUCCCCUACCCGGCGCCGCCGCAGGCCCCUCCGCCGCCCCCCGCCGAGCAGCAGCAGCGCCAGGGCGGGCGUCGUGGCCGAGGUGGCCGCAAGCAGCAGCAGUAGCCGCCGGCUGCCCACGGCUGGGCGCCGCGCCAGCCGCAGCAACAGCUCCCGCCGGCGCCCUGGCAGGCCGGGCAGAACCCCUGGAGGGGGUUGUUCACGCGCUCUGUACGCGGCCCCUCAGUCGUAUCCGCCGGCGCCGCUCUACGGCCCCUCGGCGGCCUAUGGGCUGCCUUCGGCCGGUGGGUUCGCGGCGCCGCCGCCACAGCCGCUGCCGUCGGCCCCGGUCCUCCCGCUGGCGCCUUGGGACCCCGCGCUGCCAGCGGCCCUCCACACCGCCCCCACGCCACAGCAGUACACUGGCGGUGGUGACUGGUAUAUGGACACCGGAGCCACGGCUCACAUGGCCGCCAACCCCGGUAACCUUCUUACCGCUCACCCCAUUCACAUCGCUGCUCGCAUUACCGUGGGCGACGGUUCCUCCAUGCCUAUCACUCAUGUCGGCCAUCCUGCUUUUCCUUCUAACUCCAUGCCGUUAUAUCUUUCUAACGAUGCCCGUGCCCGGAUGGUGCUCCACCAAUGUGACAGCCGCGACGAGCUCUACCCGGUCCACUCAUCCACAUCCUCCGUCGCUGCACCCAUGGCGCUUUCCGCCGGAGUGGACCUUUGGAGCUGCACCCCUCCCGGCGCCCGCGACACCCCCUGCGCCGCCAUCGGCCUCCCCGGCUGCCGCACGGGCCUCCUCGACGCCCCCCGCGCCCUCACCUGUGGCCUCGCCCGCGACCGCACCCACGGCCUUGCCCGUGGUGGCCUCGCCCGCGGCCUCACCCGCGGCAUCGGCGGUGGCGGGCUCUUCUUCGUCUUCGCCCGUCGCCCAACCCGGACUCGCUGCCCCGCCCGAUGA